AAACUCACCUCAACAGGCACAGCAAGCAGUGUCAGAUAUCGGUCACAUAUAAGGUUUUCUCCAGAGUGACUCAUCGAAAAGCAGGUGUAAUUGAACUGCAGUCUUCAAUAAGAAAAUACAAGACACACUGAACCUUUGAACCACAAACACAACCUUUGACAGAAGACAGGAGAAACUGCAUUUGGCUUACAGAGAGGCAGAAAUGGACUCAGGGCCAUUUAGCAGGAAACAGUGGGCGUCGCAGUCUUUACGGAUAACAGCCAAAGAGAUCUCAUUGGUUGGAAGUCGUGGUAAAAGCAAUGCCAUCGCUGAACGCUUUUCAAAAUAUCAGAAAGCUGCUGAGGAGAAUAGUGCAGACAGAAAAAAGCCAUCUGCUGACAGUUUGUCUUCAUCCUUGCGAUCUGGAAACCUGAGCUUGCUGAAGAAACGCUGGGAACAUAAGGACAAAGCUGCUCCUCAGCCGAGUGUGGCACCUGUAAGCAAAGCGACCCAUUCCAUUUUCUCCAAACCCAGCGCCCCACCAGAACCAAACAAACUCGUGCAACAGGCCAGCUCGACCCAGCAGCCAGUGUCCCAUGAGAGACCCGGAAAAAUAAAGCGAGAGAUGGAGACCAAACAGGAGAGGAGGGUGGAGGAAGUGGCAGAAAACAGAGCUGAAUCAGAUCCACGAUCUCAAUCUUCUUCUGUGGAGAAAACUGCCGUCCCUCUCAACAGCCGCAAAAUGACGUUUGAAAAAGAGAAAAGCAAGGUACAGACAGAAGCAAGCAGCAUCACAGAGGACAUGGACACACAGACUGGAAACAUAGGUACACCCAGUCUGAAGCGCAGUGCUUCUGUAAGAGACAGGAUGGCGAAGUAUCAGCUUGCAGUCACCAGACAGGCCACCUCUACUACACCACGCUCUGUUAACCAAUCAGAGGGAAGUAUUCCCAGCAUGGAUCAUAACGAGAAUACGCCCCCCAGAAGUGAUGAAAAGACAGUGAACACAUUUCCAGAGUCAAACUGUCCAAAGACCAAUGGUAUGCAUGUUCCCACAACAAGUCUCACAACAGCUCCUGUUUCAGAGAAAAAAGAUCCACCUAAACCAUUGAAGAAGUUUUAUCUGCCUGUAAAGGAGAGCUGUGUAUCGUGCCAGAAGACUGUUUACCCGCUGGAGAAAAUGAUCGCAGAUCAGCAGAUUUACCACAAGAGUUGCUUCUGCUGUGCCUUCUGCAGUACCAAACUCAGUUUGGGGACCUUUGCAUCAUUACAUGGCCACAUCUACUGUAAACCUCACUUCAGCCAGCUUUUCAAGUCUAAAGGCAACUACGACGAGGGCUUUGGUCAUCGUCCUCAUAAGGAACUGUGGACACCGCGGGCAACGGAAGAUGAGACUGAGAUAAGUGAAAAGCCAAAGGCUUCUGUGGCAGAUCCUUCGUUGGUUCUCAUAAAGCCUGAAAACAAAGAACAGCUGAGCCCCAAAAACGAGGAGCUGUCGCAGUCAAAAUUCACUGACCACAUCACAGCUCUCGAGAAUAAAGUUCAAGCCACCAGCUCCAUACAAAGAUCACAAACCACUGUACCAGAAACAAGAAGAAAGAGAGUCGCAUGGCCACCACCUGCUGACAGUGAGGGAAGCUCCAAAGUAUCCAGCACACCCGCUGAAGGUGGAAAGGGGCCAUCCAGGCUUUUCCGAACAAAGUGGCCUCCAGAGGGGGAAGCUCCACCUUCUCAAAAGAGCUUCGAAAGAGCAGAACUGAAAAGCCUGCGACGUAGUUCAUCUCUCAAGGAGCGGAGCCGUCCCUUUUCUGUAGCACCUGGCCUGACACUCUCCAAGCCUUCAGAACAAGAGUUCAGAUCUUCUGGUGUGCCUAGACGAGGCUCACUGAAGGAGCUUCGCUCGCUGUCAAUAUCAAAAAUAGAGAAAACUGAAGUGCAAACUGAGGAGAAUGAGUUAAAGAAUAAAGAUACCACUUCCAAAGAGGAUGCACAGAUAUCUACUGAGCUCAAGAAGGAAACGAUGCCCCAUUCUAUUCUGAAACAGCCAAAAAUAAAAGAGAUUCCAUUACAGCAAACAGAGAAGGAAACUCAGCAACAAACUAAAAAGGAAAUUCAGCUUCAUCAAACAAAAACUGAGACUCAGCUACAAGCAAAAAAGGAGUCUGAGUCACAACAAAUAAUAAAAGAACCAAAAAAGGAAAUCCAGUCACAACAAGGGAAUAAAGAGGCUGAUCCACAACAAUUAAUAAAAGAGGCGGGGCCACAAGAAACUAAAGAGGAAACUCGGCUUCAUCAAACAAAAACUGAGACUCAGCUACAAGCAAAAAGUGAGUCUGAGCCACAAGAAGGAAUAAAUGGGGUUCUGAAAGGUCCUGGGAAAGAUGAGAAUAAAACCCUCUCUCUUCCACAUGUGGAAAAUAAAGCCCACAGGACAUCCCAGGAUGUGGGCUUCUGGGAUGAUGAGGAAACUGAAGAGUCUCUGACUGUGGAGGAAAUAAUCAAGAGGAAUCGGUAUUAUGACGAUGAAGAUAAUGAUGAUGAUGAUGAUGAUGAUGAGGAGGAAGUGGCACUAGUUUGACCGUAUACAUCAUUGAUCUUAAUAAUUACCAUACAGUUCAUAAUUUUAAUCUGAAUUAAAAGAGAUGCAAAAUACACCAAUUUUAAGUAUUAAAAACAACAUGCACAUGUACAUGAUAUCAUGGACAAUGUAUAAUGUGGACAAACAUUCAACUGUGCAAAAAUACAAGUUUCUUUCAUUGGGAAACUAAAAGGUUGUUUAAUAAAAAUGUUUUAAAAUGUAUGACAAAAAAGCAGCCACAACAAGAGGCCAGAAAAGAUAAAGAACUCCUUCAUAACUGUUAAAACAGCAUCUCAGGGUGAUUCCUUAACAUGCUGCUUGAAAAACUGCCAUUUUUGCAAAGAGUGAAUACACUGAAGUUCACAGUUUAAGAGAUUAUUAAAAAAAUAUAUGGAAUAAAUUAAUAAAAGCGUGAGCGAGCCUACAUUUUUAAAUGUUUUUAGUGUAUAUUUUUAGUACUGUUAAUCUUUUGACCUAUUAUAACUGCAAGAUAUUUUUCUCAAAUUGUUGUCUAACCUUCUAGAGAUUUGUGUUAUCAUCAUAAUGGCAAUAGUUAAACAGACUAACCUUUCUAUUCUUUAUUUUAUGAAGUAUUUUCCUCUGUUUAUUAAACGUUGUACAUACUAAAACCUUUUUAGUGAAAUUAGUGGAGAUCAUUUUUGGAAAAGACAAGAAUGUGUUUUUGUUUCCCGUUUCUGUAACAUGAUUUAGUAGUUACUAAAAAAAGUAAUAAAAUAAAAUGAAGUUUUUAAGACUGA